GGAUUUUGAAGACAAAAAAUUGAAUUUAGAAAUUGACGUUUUAUAAUGGAAAAAAUGUCUCCUACAAAUACUACUUUGUGUCUUACUGUUUAAAGGUAAUCUCUGUGUGUCGUUCCGGUUGUCUUCUUUAUCGGAAUGUCUGUGUAUCAUCUAAAUGUUAUCUUCUUUAUCGUCUGUGGGGUUUUUGAUGUUGGUCUCUCCGAUGAUCCUCCCAGGAUCGAGACAGCACCUCAGAAUCAGACAGUACUUAACAACGGGGUUGCCAGCUUCGUUUGUGCGGCGGUCGGGAAUCCGAAGCCACAAAUCGAAUGGCGGAAGAACGGGAAGCGAGUUACAACUCAACGCUACACGACGCAAGAUAUGCCAAAUGGCUCCGUGCUAAGGAUAGACCCCGUAAAAGCUGGGAGAGACGAUGCCAAUUACGAAUGCGUGGCCGAAAAUGGCGUCGGGGAACCGGUUCGAGCUUUAGCCUCCCUCACUGUGCUCUCAGAGGACCAAGUGCCAUUUGGUUUUCCGAGGUUUUCCGUUCAGCCCCAAAUCCAGGGCGUGGAAAAGGGGCGCAAUGCUUUGUUACCUUGCCGUGCUGAAGGGUCGCCCACGCCGACCAUCCGAUGGCUCAAGAGCUACAUUCCAGUGGACAUGAGUGAACAUCGGUACUCUCUUGUUCAAGGAUCAUCUUUGCAAAUCAUUGAAGCUGAAGAAGAAGACCAAGGGAGUUAUGAAUGUGUUGCAGACAAUGCUAAAGGAACUGCUGUUUCAGGUCCAGCUACGCUUUAUGUGCGAGUCCGCCGUGUCCCACCCUACUUCUCCAUACCUCCGGAAGAACUGUACGAGGUCAUGCCUGGAUCUAACAUUAACAUCACAUGCGUGGCCGUCGGAUCACCAAUGCCCUACGUCAAGUGGAAGAAAGGACUGAUCGAUCUGACGUCCGAACACGACAUCCCCAUUGGCAAGAACGUGCUGCAGCUGAUGGACAUUCGAGAGAGUGCCAACUACACUUGCGUCGCGGCCUCCAAACUGGGCAGCAUAGACGCCGUGGCGCAGGUCGUUGUCCAAGGUAGGGCAUUACCUCGUCCCCCAAGCCGAGUGCAGAUCUCAGACGUCACAGCUACCUCUGUACGGAUAUCAUGGUCUUAUGACGUAGGAGCAGAAAACAUAAUUUAUUACGUCAUCCAGUACAGACCGCGUCAGACCAAUCAGGAUUACAGCGAGCUCAGUGGCAUCAACACUAUGUUCUACACAGUAAGAGAUCUAACGCCGUACACAGAAUAUGAGUUUUAUGUCAUAGCUGUCAAUGCGAUUGGACGAGGGAGCCCGAGUUUACCUGCUGUGGUUACGACUGGUGAAACAGAACCUGGAAGUGCUCCUAGAAACGUUCAAGCCACUCCUCUAAGUUCCAGUACCGUUGUCAUUCAAUGGGAUCCUCCCAAAGAACCAAACGGUCAAGUUACGGGUUACAGAGUGUAUUACACUACAACGCCAAAUUUACCCACGCAAGCAUGGCAAAGCCAAAUUGUAGAUAACAAUCAGUUGACAACUAUCAGUAAUCUACAGACUCAUGCCAUUUAUACUAUUCGAGUGCAGGCUUUCACUAGUAGAGGACCUGGGCCAAUGUCACCCCCGAUACGAAUGAAAACAAAACAAGGAGUACCUAGUCAACCAUCUAAUCUUCGUGCAAUAGCCACGUCUUCCACCACUGUUCAAUUGACUUGGUCGAAACCUACUCAUACUGGUGAGAACAUCAUUGGCUACGAACUGUACUGGAAUGAUACUUUCACCCAGCACGAAUACCAUCGAGAAAUUCCAGCUGACAUAGAAGCCUUCAAUCUUGGAGACCUGUACCCUGAUACUGUGUACUAUGUAUGGGUAGCGGCCAAAUCCAAGAGGGGCGAAGGAGCAGCUACUUUGCCAGUACAAGUUCGAACAGAACAGUAUGCUCCCACAGCCCCUCCCAAAGAAGUCACGGGCUUAGCCCUCAAUUCCCGUUCCUUAAAAAUCUCUUGGGAACCCCCACCAGAAAGUCAAAGGAACGGGAUCAUCACCUUCUAUAAAGUUCUAUUCCUGCCUUCUGACAAACCUCCUGAUCCCGCUCAGGCAACAGCAAAAACUGUCCAAGCACCAGAUACUGAAACUGUGUUGGACGACCUUAAUACUUGGACUCAGUAUCGGGUGUGGGUAUUAGCGGGUACAACUGCUGGGGAAGGUCCAUUGUCUGAAGCCAUCACGAUACGAACCGACGAAGGAGUUCCCGGAAUGCCUCAAGACGUUCAAGCCACUGCCAUCAACAGCACAACAAUCAACGUACGUUGGAAAGCACCGGCCAAUCGUGACCGCAACGGUCUCAUUCGUGGCUACCAGAUCCACGUGCAUGAGAUGAACAAGGAAGGGGACUUGGUAAACGAGCCUUUGCGAUACGAUGUAGCCAAUGAAGAAGCGGAAGAGUACAACGUUAGUGGUCUGCAACCAGAUACACAGUAUUCUGUACAGGUAGCUGCAGUGACGAGGAAAGGAGAUGGGACCAGAAGCAGGGCUGCGACAGUCAAGACGCAAGGGGGUGUUCCCACUCGUCCAGAAAUGAGUGUACAGUUGAUGCAAGAAGAACCACUUCUUAUAGUACAAGUACAGUGGUCACGUCCAGUACAUAUCUACGGCCAGCUUCUUAGCUAUAGACUGAGGUACGGCAGAACGGAUGGAGCACACCUUGAAGAGCUGGAAAUAAAUCCUCUGGACCACCAUACCACUGUCAGAAAUCUUGACAGAGGGACGAGGUAUGAAUUUCGGUUGUCUGGUAGAAAUGGACUAGGUUGGGGUCAGGAAUUUGUUACAUAUCUGGAUACUCCUGAGGGAGUUCCCACAGCACCUCCUCAAAAUCUGACGCACAAUCUCCAGAGUCCAACGACUGUUGUGAUCCGAUGGGACCCUCCUAUUUCCCAAUACAGGAACGGUCACAUUCUCUAUUAUGGCGUUGAGUUCCACAAAGCUUCUGAUGUCAAAUCUCCGGAACACAAUACCACCGUGACAAGACAAGUAUACAGCUCUUUGGAUGAAAAUACGGAGUACAUCUACCGAGUUCGAGCGUAUACCAUACGUGGCCCCGGUCCUUGGAGUAGCCCAAUUACUGUUCACACACCAGGGGAUGUUCCUACCGCCCCUACAAAUGUGCAAGCAAUGGCCACUUCAGAGUCGACCGUGGAAGUCUGGUGGGACCAAGUGCCAUAUUUUCUUGAUAUUCUAGGCUACAAGGUGUUGUAUGUUCAAACUGCCGUGGAAGAUUUGGAUGAAUGGAACGAAAAGGAAGUACCCCUCACAUGGUCAGCAGAGCUGACAGGUUUGGACACGCAUGCCAUGUAUGCGAUUCGAGUGGCAGCGGCAACUAGACAAGGCCUUGGACGUCUCUCAGAACUCAUUACCGUCAGGGUGACUCCUACAGAUGUUCCGACGCAACUUCGCGCUCAGGACGUCACUACGCAUGGUAUGAUAUUGACAUGGAAGUCACCUUCUAAGUUAGAUGCAGUCAAGUACAAGAUCGCCUACAGUGCUCACAAGGAGUUUUACGACAGCCACAAUGUCCUCCAAGAGCUUCCCAUUCCUCCGCAGGUGAUCUACGUCGAAGCCACGGUCACAGAGUUGCGUGUGGACAACUUGAUGCCUUUCACUAGCUACCAGGUGAACAUCACGGCCAUACCUCAAGACGAGAGCUUCAGACCACCGGCCAAAAUAACAGUCACGACUGCUAUGGCAGCACCCAAGCCCAUGGUGAAGCCUGAUUCUUUUGGAGUAGCCAACAACAUGGAGAUCACAGUUGUGCUUCCACAGGCAUCCGAAGAGUACGGCCCGAUCAGCCAUUACUUGCUGGUUGUCGUUCCUGAGCAAUUUGCCGACAAAGAACCGGACGAUUUCAGCAUCGAGGAGCUUACUGCAACUAAACCAGACCAAACUGGGCCCUUCAUAGCAGCCAAAUUUCUUCGCCGAACCAUGCCAGAAAGUUUUUCUCUGGGCGACGGAAAGAUGUACAUGGGUUUUGUGAAUCGUCACCUUCUACAUGGAGUGCGCUAUAAAGUGUUCGUCCGUGCAAAUGUGGACACUCCUCACAAAAGUUUGUACACGAGUAGUCCGUUUUCAGACAGUCUGAGCCUGGACAUGGCCGCAGCUCCCGGACAUCCAGUCCUGGUAGGCAGCGGGGGCAUUUGGGAGAAAACCGAUCGGCCGGACAUCUCUGAGAUAGACGGCAGCUCCGAGGAGGCUGGGGUCAUUUGGAUCGUGGCGCCAGUCCUCCUGCUCCUCAUCAUUGUCACUUUCAUCGUUGUGCUGGUUCUUCUCAAAAGACGUCGCCAACUGGCCAAGACUCCAGCCGGCGAGACGACCAUGAAGCUGCUGAUGAAUGUGGCGGACAGAGAGAUGGUGGCUCACCCCACCGAUCCCGUGGAGAUCCGCCGAAUCAAUUACCAGACGCCCGCCAUGCUGAGUCACCCUCCCAUCCCCGUCUCGGAACUGGCCAACCACAUUGACAGGCUCAAAGCCAACGAUAACAUCUUGUUUUCACAAGAAUAUGAGUCUAUUGAACCUGGACAACAGUUUACCUGGGAAAAUUCGAAUUUGGAAAUCAACAAGCCCAAAAACAGGUACGCCAACGUCAUCGCCUACGACCAUAGCAGGGUGGUUUUACAACCUCUGGACGGAAUUAUGGGUUCUGACUACAUUAACGCCAACUAUUGUGACGGAUAUCGGAGACACAAAGCUUACAUCGCAACGCAGGGCCCUCUGCCGGAAACUUUUUGCGACUUUUGGAGAAUGAUCUGGGAACAGAGAUGUGCCACAAUAGUCAUGAUGACCAAGUUAGAAGAAAGGACGAGGAUUAAAUGUGACCAGUAUUGGCCCAAUCGUGGUACCGAGACUUAUGGGGUGAUGUAUGUUUCUUUUGCUGACGUUCAAGAAUUAGCUUCAUACUGCAUUCGAACUUUCUAUCUACAAAGGGUUGGGUUUCCAGAAAAACGAGAAGUUCGCCAAUUCCAGUUCACAGCUUGGCCAGACCAUGGAGUUCCGGACCACCCCACUGCAUUCCUCACAUUCUUGCGAAGAGUGCAGGCCAUGAAUCCUAUAGAUGUCGGGCCCAUCGUAGUCCAUUGCAGUGCGGGUGUGGGUCGAACAGGGUGCUUCAUAGUCAUAGAUUCGAUGCUAGAACGUCUCAAGCACGAGACCACAGUAGACAUCUACGGUCACGUGACUUGCCUGCGCGCGCAGCGUAACUACAUGGUGCAGACGGAGGACCAGUACGUGUUCGCUCACGACGCCGUCCUGGAGGCUGUCAUCGCUGGCGUCACAGAGCUGCCUGCGCGCAGUCUCUACACGCAUAUCCAGCAGCUCAUGCAAGUGGUGCCAGGUGAAAACUGCACGGGCAUGGAGUUCGAAUUCAAGAAACUCAGUCUCAUUAACAACAAAGCCAUAAAAUUCGUGAGUGCCAAUUUACCCGUCAAUAAAUUUAAAAACAGACUUAUGAAUGUACUUCCAUAUGAACCUACACGUGUGUGCCUACAGCCAAUCAGAGGAGUAGAUGGUUCUGAUUAUCUUAAUGCCAAUUAUAUAGAUGGAUAUAGGUAUAAAAAUGCUUAUAUUGCUACACAAGGUCCUCUUGCAGAAACCACCGAAGAUUUUUGGAGGAUGCUGUGGGAGCAUAAUUGUAAUAUAAUUGUUAUGCUAACGAAAUUGAAAGAAUUAGGAAGAGAGAAAUGUCAUCAGUAUUGGCCAAACGAGAGAUCCCAACGUUAUUUAUAUUAUGUAGUUGAUCCAAUAACAGAAUACAACAUGCCUCAAUAUAUUUUGAGAGAAUUUAAAGUCACAGAUGCCAGGGACGGACAGUCUAGGACGAUUCGACAGUUCCAUUUCACAGAUUGGCCUGAGCAAGGCGUCCCUAAAUCCGGAGAUGGAUUUAUAGAAUUCAUUGGACAGGUGCAUAAAACCAAAGAACAGUUUGGGCAGGAGGGGCCAAUCACAGUACAUUGUAGUGCUGGUGUAGGACGGACAGGAGUUUUCAUCACACUAAGUAUAGUAUUAGAGAGAAUGCAGUAUGAAGGUGUUGUUGAUAUUUUCCAAUCUAUUCGUAUUUUACGCACACAAAGGCCAGGCAUGGUUCAAACAGAAGACCAAUACCAGUUCUGCUACCGGGCAGCUCUGGAAUACUUAGGCUCAUUUGACCAUUACGCUAACUGAAGAGGAUGUACACACUUGGCCAAGGAACUGUCACUGCCCACAUUAACUUCCAGCGAGUACAGGGUAAGGAGGUCGCAUCGAAACUGUCCGGGUGAUCUCUCAAUAUCAAGCAACUCGUUUUCAUGUGGCCCUAUCGUCUGCACAAUCAACAACUAUCGCUCGAAACGGGCCUCGGGCCGAUAUUUAUCUGAGUUCUUUCAGCUCCCUCCAAAGAUGUGUGAUGCCAAGUCAAAGGCCUUGAAAAGUUCCUUUCAUCAACAGUACUCGGGAGGCACGGAAUGAACUGGAACGUCGAUGUGACUCCCCUGGUAGCACACGUAGCGUUUUAAACGUUUCAUAAACGUUUAAAAUGGUUGCCACAACGUUAAAAACCAUUUUAUAACGUUUCGUAAACAUUUAAAAUGGUUGUCGCGACGUUAAAAGAACAUUUUACAACGUUUUAUAAACGGUUGAAAUGGUUGUCACGACGUUAAAAACCAUUUUACAACGUUUCACAAACGUUUUAAAAUGGUUGUAACAACUUUUACAGCCACUUUACAACGUUUAUGAAACGAAGUUUGCUACCUGGGUCAAGUGCUUAUUGUUUCAAAACAGAGACAGUGAACUCCGUGUAAUCAAUUUAGUGGUGCUCUAUACAUAUUCUUCAAAGAUGGAUUCUGUCAUCUCAAACUCUAUGUAUAUGGUUGGUGAUAAUAUAUAUUGUUGUUCAGAUUACAUUCGUUGCAGAAGAUAUAAUGUGCAUCUGAUGUGUUGACACACAAGAAAUGUUUCAUCUACUUUUUAUUGAUGUUUUUCAAAACACAAGAGUGAUUUUAAACUAGAGGACAUUCUAAUUAAAAAUUUUGC